AAAAAAAAAAUAUAUACACGAAGAUAUAAACAUUAUUCAAUUUAAACAGAAUUAUAAAGACUUUAAUAAUAUAAACAGUGUGAAUAUAUAUAAAAGUGAAUUAUAUUUAUAUUCUAUAAAUUUAUUUGAUGCAGGAUUAUAUAAUUUAUCUUUUGUCUUUUAUUUUAUUUUCUUCUACUAUAUAAAAAUAUAUAAUUUAAAUAAAAUAUAUGAUAGAUAUCAAUAUUUCUUCAUAUUAUAUUCAGAGAUGUAUUUAGAAAAAUAUUUAUUUUCGAACCCAUUCAUAUUUUCUUCUAUAUUUAAUUUCCCUCAUAUAUUGAAAUAUCCAAAGCAUGCAGAUGAAAAAAAAAAUAUUAAUCAAACAAAAAAAACAACAACAACAAAUAAUAAUAAUAAUAAUAAUAUGAUGAUGAUGAUGACUGAUGGAAAUAAAUAUGAUACAUGUAAUUAUAAUAAUUCUUUUUUUAAAUCUUACGACGUAUUCAAUAAGGAUAAUAUAAUAAUUAUAAACAACAAAGAAGAGAUAGGAGAACAUGUCGAUUUUAUAUAUUCUUUAAAAUUAUUUUCAAGGCUGAUAAAUGGACUCUUCAUAUUAAUAAGAAAUAAUGAUGAUACAAAUAAUAUAAUUAAUAACACAACUUACAAUAAUAAUAAUAAUAAUAAUAAUUAUAUAUAUGAUCUUAUGGAUAUACUCUUUAUAAAACAAAAUGAAGAACAUGAUGAAAAUUUUAACCACUACAUAAAUGAAGAAUAUAAAAAUAACCGUGAUAAUAUAUUAGAUGAUAAUGGAUUUACUAAAUAUAAAAAUACAGAUACAAUCAUAAAUUUUAGAAACGAAAUAAAUUGUAUUUUUAAUCUGUUGAAUAAAUUAACAUAUUUAAAAAUAAGAAAUAUAUCAGAAAAUAAAAUUAAUUUAAAUUAUUUCCUCAUAAAUCUUGUUAAAAAAAUAUGGAGUAUCAAUAGGCAUAAGAAAAAUGUAUUAUCAAGUGGACAGAAUAAUAAAAAUAUGAAUACAAAGAAAAGAAAUACAAAAGAAAAUAAUAUACAUCAUGUAAAUAAUGUAAGUGAAUUAGAUAAAGACCCUAUUGAAAAUAAAUAUAAAAAUAAAAAUAAAAAUAAAAAUAAAAAAUAUCAUGAUCAAAAUAAUAUUUAUGAUAAUGAUCAUAUUAUGAUUAGGUUUCACGCCCUAUUUGAUAUAGCUUUAUGUGAUUAUAAUAAUAAUAGUAAAAAGAAAAAAAAAAAAAUGAAGAUAUUUUAUUAUUAUGCAGCAUUAAAUAAAUAUAAAAUAUUAUUAACACAUUUAUUUUUUU